AUGGAUGCAUCGCGGAGGCUUUUUGGCGGCUGGUCUUCCCCGUCCAGAUUUCGACGCUUGAGUGCUCUGUGUAGCUUGCUCCUCUUUCUCUGCCUUCUCCCUCCUCACCCUUUUCGGUAUCACUCUGGUCAUUCGUUUUCACGGGAACACUGUGCGUUAACCGCGAUCGCUGCCGAGCUUCGGGGCGCCGCUCCGCCACCAUCGCCUGAGACAAAAGAGCCAACAGAUGCAACUAAUGAGAACAAAGCGGACGGCUCUUCUUCGGAACAACGGGCGAGCACAGAAGUCAAGCAGCCCACAGCGCAGGAAGGAUCUUCCAGCGAGCCUACAGCAGAAAUCACACCAGCGGAGAGCCAGGAAACUCACGACUCAGAUACAGUUGAAAAAGAGUUUCAGACAGACUCGUCAUCCGCGAGGGUAGAAAUAGGCCAAGGGACGCGUGCGGAACAGGCUGGGGGUUCUGCAGAGGAAACUUAUCAAGGUGGGUCCACGGAAGAACUUCCGCCUGGCACGAGCCAAGAAGAGUAUACGGACGAUAUCUACGAACGGGAUGCGAUUCCGUCGGACGCGUUUGAGCAGUGGGAGACAGCAUAUGACAUCCCUGACCAACUAAGAAGAAGGAUUGAAGGUGAUGAUCCCCUAUACUAUAAUCUCGUGAUUGAAGAAAGGUUCUAUUUGAUGGAGCCACCAUUUGGGGUGCGCGCGGGACACACACAAGAAGAGUCAGAAGAGGGUGGUCAACUGCUGAGGGAAGAAGAUACGCACACAGCAUCUGGAGAUGUUCCUGCACAGAAAAAUGGGGUCUAUGCUAUGUGCUACGCCCGAACUGAAGACGAAAUCUGGCAACGCUGCGCGGAAGCCAGUGACGCAGCAGAAGGGGUCUACAUUCAAAUGCAUGAAAUGUUGGAUUUCGGGCGCCUCGUAGAUCCGGAUGAAGCUGACCCGUCAACCGUGACCGCCGCACUGGCAGACGACCACUAUCGUCGAUCUAUCCGUGAUUUGGGAGUUUCGUGGUUCGCAACGAUCAAGGAAAUGAAGGCCUCGACGGGUCUCAAGGUCGCCGGUAUUUGGUUCGGCCCUCCGGACUUCGACAAGAUCGAUUCAAUUCUCAAAGAAAAUCCAGGUGUCUUUGAGGGUGUCUAUGUUGACUGGGAAGAUGGCGUGGGAGCCUGCGUCGACAAGCUUGAACGCCCGCCUCGGACGACCGCGGCCGGUGAGCCCACUGCGUGGGCUGAGAAUCCAGGUUUCUUCUUUCGAUACUACAUGGGAGGCCAAGAUGCAAACACUUGUGUACUCGAAGAUAUGUCACCGUACUCUUUCGACAGCUACGUACGAGCUGAUAGAGAAAUGAAAGUUCCUGAGGAGUGGGUGCCUAACUUCCCUUGCUUCGCCGGCCACCAAGGACGAUGCUACCGAGCCUUCAGAGCCAGUAUUGCAGACAGCUGUGACGCCACACAACAAAGGUUUAUGUUUGCGCCUUACGAGAGAACUUCCGAUAAACUACUGGCCAUGUUUAAAGAAGGCUGCAGGGCUGUCGGCUACGAAGUCCCUCCACACGAUCUCGUUCAGUACGUUUAG